AUGUCGAAGAACAAAUUAAACUUGACCCUUCCUCCUGGUGUGGCUGACAACCAACAGCCUGUAUCACCAUCUGCACCAUUAUCGGCAGCAUCAGACGCAGGAUGCGACAAAUUAAGCGUAGCAAGUCUACAAGAGCAAUUGGAUCGGGUCGGAAUGGACGACGAACAACGGAAACGAAUGGAAUUAUUUUUAUGUCAAAAAGAAAAGAUUGGGGGUGAACUUAGUGAUGCAGACUUUGAGAAAAUGAAAGAUGGUGAACUAGGUGCUGGCAACGGUGGAGUAGUCAUGAAAGUCAAACACAAGUCCAGCGGACUCAUCAUGGCCAGAAAACUCAUACACUUAGAAGUAAAGCCUGCAAUAAAAAAACAAAUCAUUCGGGAACUUAAAAUUUUGCAUGAAUGUAACCAUGCACACAUAGUUGGUUUUUAUGGAGCAUUUUACAGUGAUGGUGAAAUUAGUAUUUGCAUGGAAUACAUGGAUGGCGGUUCCCUUGAUCUCAUAUUGCAAAAGACUAGAAUACCUGAGCCAAUGCUUGGAACUAUAACUGCUGCUGUUGUCAAAGGUCUGAUUUAUCUACGAGAACAACAUUCCAUUAUUCACAGAGAUGUCAAACCCAGUAAUAUUUUGGUAAACAGUGCAGGGGAAAUUAAGAUAUGUGAUUUUGGUGUGUCUGGUCAAUUAAUAGACUCUAUGGCUAACUCAUUUGUUGGUACUAGAUCAUAUAUGUCUCCUGAACGACUACAAGGUACACAAUAUACAUUACAAAGUGAUAUAUGGUCCUUGGGAUUAUCUUUGGUUGAAAUGGCCAUUGGAAUGUAUCCCAUACCCGCACCUGAUGCUAAGACCCUAGCAUCAAUAUUUGGGCCUAGAUCUCAGGCGACUGAAACAAUAGAAAAUAUUGAAGGCGAUGUCUUCGCAAAUGGAAAUGGACCUAGACCAAUGGCCAUUUUUGAACUCCUUGAUUACAUUGUUAAUGAACCACCUCCUACAUUACCAGCUGGUAUAUUCUCUGAUGCCUUUAAAGAUUUUGUAGACAGAUGCUUAAAGAAAAAUCCCAAUGAGAGAGGAGAUUUCAAAAUGCUUAUGGAUCAUCAAUGGAUAAAGAAAGCGGAAAGUGAACCAGUUGACAUUGCUGGAUGGGUUUGCAAGAUAAAAGGUUUAACUCCAACUACUCCAACCAGAAUGGCUUCAAAUUCAGCAUCAUGA